CUGACGAUCUUUGCUCGGCCUGGGGGCGGGGCGGUGUCUCCUGCGUGUUCUUUGGAAAAGUUGGAUGGCGGUUUUUUGUAUGAGCGACAUAAAGACGCGUUAACAGGACUUCAGCGAGUGGGCGGGGCUACGAGCUGUCAUGGCCUCCAGCAAGAACAAGAGCCAGGCGUCGCUGGUUCUGCAUAAAGUGAUCAUGGUGGGCAGCGGCGGCGUGGGAAAGAGCGCCCUCACGCUGCAGUUCAUGUAUGACGAGUUUGUGGAGGAUUAUGAGCCCACCAAAGCCGACAGCUACAGGAAGAAGGUGGUGCUGGAUGGUGAGGACGUCCAGAUUGACAUCCUGGACACAGCGGGACAGGAGGACUACGCCGCCAUCAGAGACAACUACUUCCGCAGCGGUGAAGGUUUCCUGCUGGUCUUCUCCAUCACGGAGCACGAGUCCUUCACCGCCACGUCCGAGUUCAGGGAGCAGAUCCUGCGGGUGAAGGAGGAGGACGUGAUCCCUCUGCUGCUGGUUGGGAACAAGUCCGACCUGGAGGAGCGGCGCCAGGUGUCUGGUGACGAGGCAGCGGCGAGGGCGUCUGAGUGGGGCGUGCCGUACGUGGAGACCUCGGCCAAGACGCGCGCCAACGUGGACAAGGUGUUCUUCGACCUCAUGCGUGAGGUCCGCAAGAAGAAAAUGUCCGAGAGCAAAGACAAAAACGGGCCGAGCGGCAAGAAGAAGAAGAGACGCUGCCGCAUCCUCUGACUCCGCCCCCACAAAGGUCUCCGCGAGGUGCUCGCUGCACGAACUGAACCGGGCAGAAUCAUCACAGAACCUUGGCUGGUCCACUUCAUGUUGUCCUGGUCAGAAGAACAGACGCCCGGAUUUCAAGGACAAAUUUUAAAACAUAUUUAGAAAUAAAUAUAAUCAUAAUAUUAAAAUGUCCAAAGUUAUUGGACAACAAAACCAAAUGUUUUCAAACAGUGAAAAAUCAUGAAUACAGACAGAAAAUGUGACCAAGUGAUGAAUUUAGAGCAAGUCGUCAGUCAGGAGGUGAAGACAUGAACAUUUCCAUCUUUAAGAAGCACAAACGUACCGAGGCGCAGCGCGUGCGCCAAACCCAGGUGACUGUCCAAGGAGGGGACAGCUGAGGGAAGCCACCAGAGACAUCACCGCCAUCCUCUGCAGUUUGUCAGAAGGCACAUGUGAGACCGGAGCCUGAAUCUGACAAGUUUUCUAGGAUUAGAAUCCGUCUGUCUUCAGUGAUUUCAUUCUCAUGUCCGUCCCCUCGAGACGAGUGACCAAAUUCAUCAAAACAUACAACUAACUGUCACAUUUUGAGUCUGUUUUGUUCUCUCUCUUUGAAGCAUUUCGAGUGUUUUCGUAAACAUUUAAUGAUAAAAAAAAAUUCAUUUUCUUGAGAUCUUUAAAAUUUGUCCUUAAAUUUUUGUGUCAGUAAUUCUGACUUUUUCUGAGUUAUUCUGUUAUUUUAGGUGUUUUUUGUUUGUUUUGUUUGUUUGUUUGUUUGUUUUGUCAAUCACUUAAUUUGUAAAAUGCCAAAGAAUUAUUUGAAAAAAAAGGAAAAUAUUAGUAAAUCGACCUGUUUACAUCCAGUUAAAAAAAAAAAACAUUAAAAUGCUGUUCGGUUGCUUGUUAAUUUGGUCAGAUUAGCUGUAAUCUACUUUAAAGGAAAGUACAAAACAUUUCAAACAUGUUAAAUAACUUGAUAAACUGGUCAAAUUGACUAUAAAAAUAUAUUUCUGUUAAGCUUCAGGCUUGUGUGUAAACUAUGAUUUUGUUUAAAUUGAUAACUUGAGUUAAAAUACAAAAAAAAAAACAGAUCAGACAGAAACUCAGUCCUGAAUCUGAACACACAUCAUCACUUUUACAGCCUGUUGCAGUUUCUGUAAUUCAGUUCAAUGAGUCCUUAAGAAGUUUGGUCUGUAGUGUCUGGAGCUGUGCUGGGACGACGCCCGUCACAGCGCCGACACGCCACUGAGUCUCAGGAAAAAAAAACACCAAAUCCAGGCUGGAGACAUUUGACAAAACUGGACAUCACAGUAAAUUGUCCAAAUAUAUUUGGACCCAGGUGUAGCUGAAUAGUUUCAUCAGUACAGUUUAACAAACACAUUGUCAAACUGUAAUUAAAACCAAACUGAUUUUUUUUUUUUUUUUUUAUAAAGGUGGGGGUGUGACCUGUUUUGCUUUGUGUGUGAUUGACAGGUCGGGUUCAGUUACAGGAACCAAAAACUUCGGUCCAAAUGAAACAAUCAUUUAUGCAUGUUUGAAUGUUGCUGAUGUGUUCUUUUUGUUGAGCAUCCUUUGUGACAUCAUAAAGUACCUGUGCACUGUAAAAAAAAA